GUGGGUUAGAUCGGUCGGACCACUAUUAUGGAUGAAGAGCAUGUUGUUGGUGAUCAAGACAGAGGCAGUAGAAAACGAAAAUGUGGUGCAACAUCACGGCAGCGGCAGAAAGAAAUACGUCAGAAACGCAUACAAAAUAUUUCUAGGCAAAUGAAAGCUGGAUCGGGUAUUUCUGAAAAUCGUGGUGGUGACAGACGUUCGCAGAAAAAUGUGGAAAAGCGCAAGAAAGUGAAAGCAUUUAUCGCAAAUUUAAAGGGGCAAGAGAGUCACUACGGAAGAGCGAAAUCUAAAAGGAUAUAUUUAUCUGCAGAGUACAAUAUUACCAUACUACAUAGGCUAUACAAUGAUAGCGUUGAAGAAAGCUAUAAACUAUCCACAGAAAGAUGGCGUGAGGAUGAGGAAUUGCAAUGGCUUCGUCCUAUUUUUUCAGAGCCCCUUGAAGAGCUACAAGAGAAUAGUGAUGAAGACAAUGAUGAAGAUAAUGCCCAAGAAGUAUGUAACUGCAUCGAGGAUGAUGAUGGAGUGAAAGUUUGA